GCUAAGGCGGAGGAGGCAGGCCAGGCUUGAAAUAGCUGCUCCCAAAGAAAGCCUCGUUGGCCCUAGGUUGGAUGACUUGUUGGCUGGGGUUGUGAUGGGGUCGGAUUGGGAUGUGCUGAGAGAGGGGAGGGUUACCGCCACGUGCCUGCUGCUGUGGGCGACUUGGGGGGCGAGCUACACAGUCUAUGUUUACCUGCUGCAGGCACGCCGGGACAAGCCCUGGCUCCGGGGGCACAGAGCCUGGGCAGUGAUGACAGGAGCCACCAACGGCAUCAGCAAGGCUUAUGCACGUGAGCUCGCCGGGAGAGGUCUGAACAUCGUCCUCAUCAGUCGAGACCUGAGCAAGUUGGAGCACGAGGCAAAGGCGAUAGAGAGGCUUCAUGGCAAAAGCACACGAGUCAUCCAGGUGGAUUUCACCGGAGGCUUGGAGAUCUACGAGGCCAUUGCGGCAGGACUGAAGGACCUGGAGAUCGGAGUACUGAUAAACAAUGUGGGCAAGCAAUAUGCACCUGGCUUGAGGAAACUGCUCGACUGUGAGGACUUCGCCAAGUGAAAAUUGUUGGAUGUUAUAAACUGCAACAUGAUGUCUGUGACAGGGUCCUCUCCAUUCCUCCUGCAGAUGACUAGGAUCGUCCUGCCCCAAAUGGUCACCAGGGGCAAAGGUAUCCUCAUCAACAUAUCUUCAGUAACUGACAGGAGCCCCUAUCCAUUUGCAGCGAUGUAUGCAGCCACCACGGCCUUUGUGCGAAGCUUCUCCGUGGCAGUGGGCGCAGAGUACCACCCCGAGGGGGUCACUGUGCAAACAGUAAGCCCCUUUUUGGUUCAAGCAAAUCCCUUGAAAAGCGGGCUGUUCGUGGUGAGUCCCGAGGACUUCGCUUGGCAGGCGUUGGACACACUUGGCCUCGCCUCCCAAACCCCUGAGUGCCUCCGCCACGCUGUGCAGGUGCUUUCCUGGGGCAAUCCUAGGCAGAGAGCUGGAUGCGACAGUCCCUGGCCCGGGUCCACUAGCCCUCAGAAAGGGGGAGACGUCCAGAGAAGGGGCGGGCCCCCGCCCCGGGCUGGGGAGCCAGGAGAGGAGAUGGGGGACUCAAGAAUGGGGGGGUGUCUUGAUCCUUGGUACCUCUCCUUCCCAGGGUUUCCUGCUGACCAUCUUCCUGCCCAGUUGGUUUUUUCUCAGUCGCUGAGGAUUAAAGCUUUUAUCUCUGUUGGUGAGCUGGAAUAGG